UAGAGAGUCAUUUGCCUCUCGCGAUUUAAAAGGCUUGAUCGACCGCGUGCGCGAUUCAGUUCUCAAACAUCGCACUUGGCCGACGCUUCGACUUUUCUCUCUCUCUCUCUCUCUCUCUCUCUCUCGAUAUAUACAGACACACUUUGUAUCUGUCAUUAUUUUCGAUCACUAAUACAAAGACUUCGCGUCGAGUUGUUGAGUUUUUCGAGCGCCGAUUUCGAUACGCACUCAGUGGGUGAACACAAACAAAUUUUGGCCAGUUCUUGCCGGAGCUCUUGAUAAUUUGCAGUCGCAACUCGCUGCAGUCUUAAAAGGACAACGAGUCCACGCCGUUACUGCAAGCAUCGUCGUCGAGCUCGUCGAGAGGCCGCCGCAAAAUGCCGGAAAAGAACAUCGGUAUCUCGCAGCAGACGCUGGUCUCCAGCCCGGGCGACCGUAGCGCCACGGAGGGCGCCAAGCUGCCCCAGUACAUCGCGGCGGUGUCGGCCACCCUCGGCGCCCUGGCCAUGGGCAUGGUGCUGGCCUGGACGGCGGCCGUCAAGGACGAGAAGGAGCUCAGCCGCCAAUACAAGAUCGAGGUGGACGCCGAGCAGUACUCGUGGAUCGGCUCGUUCGUCAAUCUGGGAGCGGCGGCCAUCUGCGUGCCGAUCGGCGUCAUCUCCGACAAGAUCGGCCGCAAGACGGCCAUGCUGGGCCUGGCCGUGCCCUUCACCGUCGGCUGGCUCGUCAUCAGCUUCGCCAACUCGGUCCUCAUGUUCUACCUGGGCCGCUUCAUCGUCGGCCUGAGCGGGGGCGCCUUCUGCGUCGCGGCCCCAAUGUACACGAGCGAGAUCGCCGAGAGCUCGAUUCGGGGCACCCUCGGCUCCUACUUCCAGCUCAUGUUGACCGUGGGCAUUCUGUUCACGUACCUGCUGGCGACCGUCCUCGACAUCUACCAGCUGUCGCUGCUCUCGACCGUCGUGCCGGUCGUCUUCGCCGGGGUCUUCUUCUUCAUGCCCGAGUCGCCGAUCUACUACCUGAAGAAGGGCGACGAGGACUCGGCGAGGGCGGCCCUGGUGCGGCUCCGCGGGCCCAACUACAACGUCGAGUCCGAGAUCCAGGCCCAGCUGGCCGUGAUGGCCGAGACCGAGCGCAACAAGGAGUCCUUCUCGACGGCCAUCAGGUCGCGCGCGGCCAUCCGAGGCCUCGUCAUCGGCUUCGGUCUCAUGUUCAUCCAGCAGCUGAGCGGCGUCAACGCCAUCAUCUUCUACGCCUCGAAGAUCUUCGCCUCGGCCUCGGAGGACAUAAGCGCCUCGACCUCCACCAUCAUCGUCGGCGUCAUCCAGGUCGUCGCGGUCUUCAUCAGUACUCUGAUCGUCGAUCGGGCCGGUCGUCGGAUCCUCCUGCUGUCCUCGAUCGUCUCCAUGUUCGUCACGACCCUCAUCAUCGGCAUUUACUUCUUCCUGAAGCAUCAGAACGCCGAGCAGGUCAAGAGCAUCGGCUGGCUGCCGCUGCUCUGCAUCUGCCUCUUCAUUUUCAUGUUCUCCAUUGGUUUCGGACCCAUACCCUGGAUGAUGAUGAGCGAGCUUUUCUCCUCGACGAUCAAAGGAAUCGCCGGUAGCAGCGCUUGCCUCUUCAACUGGUUCAUGGCCUUCAUCGUUACCAAGUAUUACUCGCCCCUCGAGGAGGCGGCGGGCAACUACACCUGCUUCUGGAUAUUCUCGGGCAUCUGCCUGGGUGGCAUCGUUUUCGUCCUGUUCCUCGUGCCCGAGACCAAGGGCAAGACCCUCGAGCAGAUUCAGUUCGAGCUGGGCGGCAACAAGCCCAGCAGCAGCAGUAUCAACAGCUCGAUCGCCGGCAACAGCUACGACGUCAAAGUAUAAACGACCAAACAAAUCGAAUCAGCUUUAGGUAGCUGCGAUCGUAGACUUAAUUAUAAAUUAUGUUCAUUGUACAUAUUAUGGAGACGUAAAAGCAAAAGUGCGAUUGCGCGCGGACGGGAGGAGCGUCCUUCUUAUAUACUUUGUCCUUGCGAGCUGUGUAUGAAUAAUUUUCUAUGCGUACAAAAUUCCGAGGCAAUUAUCAAGGAGCUGGUAUCCAGCCGCACGAGCGUAUUUUCAUUUUUAGAUCGUUGUAAUGAAGGAGAAGGAGGACCGAAUUGGUUCCUGGCGAGACGAGUGCGUCCACCGGGACAUUUGUUGGUAUUUUAAUCUGUUGACUUAAUCGACUAAGAUGUGUGUGAGCGUGUGAUACAAAACUGAGCCCGAGUGUGAAGAGCGCAAUGACGCGCGACUAAUUGGUUUUUAAUUUAGAAUGUAACAUAGAGUUAUAAGCAUUGCGCACAUACCUGCACCAAAGACUGAUCUUAGCUGUUAUUACAUUUAGAUAUUACUAUUAUCGUCGUCUAACGAUUAUUAUGAUUACCAUUAUUAUUAUCGAUUAUGAUUAUUAUUGUUUUUUCUUGUCGUAAGAGUAAAAAAUUCAUAAAUAGUCUUAGAUUUAUUAUGAAUAAUUUUUAACUGCUGUGGCAAUACGUAACGUACACAGAUUCGUAUAGGUUUACGUAAUAGUAUUAUAAAAUUAUUGUAAUUUUAAUCUGGAACAAAAAUAUAUAAUAUAUUCUAUACCGUAAA